AUGGCCUGCGUGAAUUCGCUGUGUAGGCGAUUUAAAGCGAUUUUUUUAUCAUCGUCGCACAACAACGCAGAGGAAAUUGAAGAUCACGAGGAGACCGUGCAGUUGAUUUUUACUGUGAAUCCUUUUGCGCCGAUCGCCGAGGACGACUACAAAAUUGAGAAUGAAACAACUAUUUCCAGACAAUCGACGCAGAAGGUGAUUUAUACUGUUAUUAUCCGUCACUGGGAAUGCAAAGAAUCCCCUACUCAACCUCAAGUGGAGUCAGUCAAGGAAUCUCCAAGCACGUUGCCACCCACAUCGCUAUCGACAACGCUGGAACUACUCUCGACUUGCACAACUCGCGACAAGCAUGAAUUCCACGAGCUGAACCUGAUCGGCAGCGGCGAGUUCGGUUCCGUCUAUCGUUGCAUCAAUCGUCUCGACGGUCGCGUCUACGCAAUCAAACGCAGCCGACGUUUGCUGGAAAGCAACCACGCUCAGAGACGAGCGAAGAACGAGGUUCACACCAAUGCCGUGCUCAACAAUCGUCUGAAUGACGUGAGGUAUUAUUCCGCCUGGGUCGAGGACAACAGAAUGAACAUUCAGCAGGAGUACUGCAACGGCGGUAAUCUGGCAGCUUCGAGCAAAACUAGGAGCGACAACGACAAAUGGUUCAUGGAGGAAGAGGUUUGCCGGAUUUUGCUGGAUAUUGCCAAAGGCUUGUGGUACAUCCGCGGUAGUAAACUAGCCCACAUGGACAUCAAACCCAAGAACAUCUUACUUUUGAGAGAACGAGUCUGAACGCCGAGACAACUAACCUACGAGCGGAGUGGCGAGCUCAUCAGGGACGCCAUUUCAAGGAACGAGUCGUCUAUAAAAUCGGCGAUUUCGACCACGUUGCCUCGAUUAUCGACACUACGGAAAUUGUUAACAAAGGUGA